UCAGAUUUCUUUCAAUAUCUUGUCUAUUUUUGUCAUUCUUGAAAUUUUGGGGUUCUUCAGAACAAUCUUGAGGGUAUAUGUUUUGAUUGGUAACAUGGAAAUAGAAAACUGGAUGAUCAAGAAUCUGUUGUGAAAUGUCAAUUUGGUUAGCUGAAUAUGAUACUAGUGAAAGAUAUUGUGGAAAGUUUGAGUCUUUUGUGGCUAAUUAUCAUUGGGGGCUCAAAUGCAUUUGUUUGAUAGAAUAUAUUGUUGCAGACUUAUGGGCUGCAUUUGUUCAAAGGGUUCUUCAACAGAUCAUGAUGAUGUUGUUGAACAUGAAAAGGAAAAAGAUAUACAAGUUGAUAAAUCUUCUGUACAGUUGGUUGCUCCAUCAGUAAGGGAAGAGAUUAAAGAAAUAGUAACAUCAGAAGCUAAUGGUGUUUCAACAAAAGUUGAUGAUAAUGCGAAAACUAGGAUUAGGGAGAGGCCUAAGGACGGACGAUUCAAGAGACAAUCAACGAUGGAUUUUGGACUGAUACGAUCAAGGUCUCGGGUUGUAAACAUGCCUCAUGGUGCAAUAGGGGAGCUGUGUGCUGCAGGUUGGCCAUUAUGGCUAAGUUCAGUUGCACAAGAGGCUAUUCAAGGGUGGGUUCCUCGAAGUGCAGAAUCAUUUGAAAAAUUGAACAAAAUUGGUCAAGGAACAUAUAGUAAUGUUUACAAGGCCCGUGACCUUGAAACCGACAAAAUUGUUGCAAUGAAGAAAGUAAAAUUUCUCAAUAUGGAUCCAGAGAGUGUUCGUUUUAUGGCGAGAGAGAUUUGUAUUUUGCGUAGAUUGGACCACCCAAAUGUAAUGAAACUUGAGGCUUUGGUCACAUCCAGGAUUUCAGGCAGCAUAUAUCUUGUAUUUGAAUACAUGGAGCACGAUCUUGCUGGACUUGCAUCAGCACCUGGGAUCAAGUUCACUGAACCACAGAUAAAAUGUUAUAUGCAACAAAUGCUUUGGGGACUCGAACACUGUCAUAGUCGGGGUAUACUUCAUCGAGACAUUAAGGGUUCAAAUCUUCUAAUUGGUGAUAAUGGUGUUCUAAAGAUCGGAGACUUUGGUCUGGCGACGUCUUUUAAGCCUAACCAAAAGCAGCCAUUAACAAGUCGUGUUGUUACACUAUGGUAUAGGGCUCCUGAGCUUUUGCUUGGUGCAACAGACUAUGGAGUGGCCAUUGAUAUGUGGAGUGCUGGCUGCAUCCUUGCUGAAUUAUUUACUGGAAAGCCUAUCAUGCCUGGAAGAACAGAGGUGGAGCAAAUGCAUAAAAUAUUCAAGCUUUGUGGUUCACCUUCUGAGGAGUACUGGAGGAAAUCAAAACUUCCACUUGCUACUAGUUUUAAGCAACAGAACCCAUAUAAGCGCGGUAUUGCUGAUACAUUCAAGGACUUGCCUCCGACAGCUUUGGCCCUUGUUGACGCCCUACUUUCAAUAGAACCAGAAAAGCGCGGCAGUGCUUCUUCUGCUCUCAAUAGUGAGUUCUUCAAAGCGAAGCCCCUGCCUUGUGAUCCAUAUAGUUUACCAAAGUAUCCUCCAAGCAAGGAAUAUGAUACUAAGGUUCGAAAUCACGAAGCAAGAAGGCGAAAGGCUGAGGCCGGAAAAGGACAUGGAGAUGAAACAACAAAGAAGUCAUCGGGACAAGCAAAGGAAGAACCAACAACAGAAUUCAAUGCACAGGGACAGUCUAGCAAAAACAUCAGAGUGAAAUACAAUGCUCUCGAGGACAACCGAGCUGGUUUCUCUAUAGAGCCACCAGCACUGAGAUACGGACUCACUCAUUCUAAUUCAGUGAUCCAUCCUAAUACAGCUGGUUACACAUGGUCUAACAAAGCAAAGGAGGAUUCAAGUGCAAUCAAUGAACGGGCAUAUGCCGCUUCGCAACAUGGUGUAGAGCUUUUAAGGCAGGGUUCUCACAAGCCUCGAGCUGCAGGAGAGUUUUCAAGCAUUCGUUCAAGGAGAGGUGAUAGGUCAUCUUGUGGAGAUUCCACGGUUUAUGUGCCAAAGAGAAGCAGACUUCUGCACUCUGGACCACUAAUACCACCAGCGGGGAGUAUGGAAGACAUGUUAAAGGAACAUGAGAGACAAAUUCAAGAAGCAGUUAGGAAAGCACGUCAAGACAAGACGAGGCCCUAAUAGAAUUGAUUUCUCUCUUCUGGCGGAAGGACUCUCGUAUAAUUUCACUCUUCUGCACAUGAAAUCCACAUUUUUACAGGGCUUAAAAGGAGAUAUAUCUAUUAUCCAUAUCAGGAGUAAGGUUCUUAUUAUUUAGUGAUCUUAUACCUUUUGAGGGUGGGAAAUUAGCUGUGUGUAGUGUGAAGAAUUUGUUAUGUUCACAAUGUAAAUCCAGUUCUUCUUUGAUAUUUAGAAAACUGAA